AUGGCAUCUGCUCAACCCUCAGAAAUGAAAGCCUGGCUCUACUCCAGCACAACCAACGGCCUAGAAAAGAACCUCAACUUCGACGCGUCGGCACGCGCACCACCAGCCGUCCACGGCAACAAUGUCCUAGUUCAAGUCCUCUCAGCCUCCCUAAACCCAGCCGAUUACAAAGUCCCCGAAAUGGGCCUAGUAGCACGCAAACUCGUGAUCGGCAUGCCCGCCUCACCGGGAAUGGACUUUUGCGGACGCGUGGUAGUCACCGGCGACGACGCGACCGAGUUUUCACCGGGCCAGCUCGUUUUCGGCUGCCUCAGCAAGCCCGGCCAAUUCGGCUCGCUAGGCGAGUACCUAGUGGCGUCUGCUAAUCUGCUUGCGCCCGUGCCAGAGGGCGUGGAGGUUGACCAUGCGGCAUCUCUCGGUAUUGCGGGACAGACGGCGUACCAGUCCCUGGCUGGGUACGUCAAGGCCGGCGAUAAGGUGUUUAUUAACGGAGGCUCUGGAGGAUGUGGAAUUUUCGCGAUUCAAAUUGCUAAGGAGAUGGGGUGUCAUGUUACGACUACUUGUUCGACGAAGAAUGUGGAGUUUUGUCGUGGGCUGGGCGCUGAUGAGGUUAUUGAUUACUCGGUUGAGGAGGAUUUGAUUGCUACGCUGCGUGAUCGUGGGGUUGUCUUUGAUCAUGUUGUUGAUCAUAUUGGAUACCCUGCGCCGAUGUAUCGCGAGUCGCAUCACUUCUUGGCGGCUGGGAAAACGUUUGUGCAGGUUGGUGCGUCUGGCAUGGGGACAUUUGUUGAUAGGUUGCUUUGGCCUAGUUUCUUGGGUGGUGGAAAGAGGAAGUAUGUUGUCUUCUUCUUCAAGAAUACUCGUGAGGAUCUUGCGAAGAUCGGGGAAUGGGUGCAGAAGGGGGCUGUCAAAGUUCAGCUGGAUACUGUCUACGAGUUUGAGGAUACUGUUCAGGCAUUUGAGAAGCUUCGCUCUGGCCGUGCUAGAGGAAAGAUUAUUGUGCAUGUGGCGAAGGCAUGA